AUGCUGGACGACGCGCGCGAUAUUCGACAUCAGCACAAGAAACUUCGGAUAUUUAGUAGCCCUCUCGUUCAUAGGGCUGACAAACGAGGUGAUGGAGUGAGAACAGCUCGUACUUGGGGAUCCAACUAUGAUGGGGGCGUUGAAUCCGACGACGAAGAACGUGACCAUGGGGAUGAGCUUCCUAGGUUUGAACGGGUGAGUGUUGGAUUUUAUGAGCUACGAGGAGCCGACGUUCCUGCUAUGGUUGACCUGGUUCCAGGUCCUCGCAUUACCAGAGCGAUUCAACUCGGCGUCCUAGUAGGCUUUGUCGUUGUCGCCCCAAAAUUCCACCCGAACGAUCAAGACCAAAGCACAAUGCGAGCCAUGUGUGAGCCUCUCAUCCUGUGCGUCUCCCGGGCAUGCCUUGCCGUCGAAUACGCAUCCACCUUGUGGCAUGUACGACGAUAUAAAAAGGCGCACAUGCCGCUUUAUAUGCAGAUUGCGAUUCACGCGGCCGCCUCGGCGGUGUACCUGGGGGUUACUUUUCGGUUUACAGGCGGGAAGCAGAGCCGUGUUUAUAUGACUUGGUACUUUAUUGCGGGUGCUGAGGCCAUUGCAAGUGUGUUGGUCUCCAACAUAUCGUCCGUGGCUAGCCUUACAGACACGCAUAUGAUGAAGCGGAUGGCACUUUUGACGGUCAUGAUACUGGGUGAGGAUUCCUUAACUGUUAGUCUGGUAACGGCAGCAGUCCUCAUUCCAUCUCCCACGCAUCCGCCAACAGCUAUGGACAUGCCUCCAUCUGCCAUUCCACCUAUCCCUCGUCCUGUUCAUGCAAGCAUUCACGCAGUACCUCCUCUGGUCCAAGAUCGUCAGCCAGAUCAACCGAAUCGGCGACAUUUCCGACCCAACAGACGAUGCUCGCAAUCCUACGAGCAUAGAUGUACGGAAUUCCUUGAACUCAACGAGGCAUUGAACAACAUUACGAGAAUACCGGAUAAGAUUUGGCCCAUGAUUGCGAAUCAGUCGACUGUCAUGGAUGAUAAGCUCUCGGCGGAGUUGGAUGCUGCUUGGGAUACUCUCGCUGGCGUUGUUUAUGCUUUAUAUCUUUCCAUGGUGAAUGCUCUAUAUGGGGCUUUUGGGAUUAAUUUGGACGAUGAUGUGUCCAAGAAGGAUCCUGCUGCAUUUGCAUAUGGAUACAUCGCUGCCGGCAGUACCAUUCUCUUCAUGAUAAUGCUAACCAUCAUUGCUCGCACAACACCGUUCAAGGUGUGGCCAAUCCUGCGUCUGAUCAUUAUUUUCCUCUUGGCUAUAGGCACCGGUCUGGUUGCCACGCUAUGGUACAACGCAAACAGGCUAGACGUAUUCUUGUCCUCAGCAUGGGUAAUGCCAAUCAUCACAUUGGUAUGGGUCGUCAUCGCGAUCUUGACGCACAUCAAUGGCCAGGGCAUCAAGCGUAACAAGGACCGCUUUAGGAGGCGCCGAACAGGGAAGCUGUCGCAUCAUGAGCCUGGUGUGGCGUUAAAGUCUCGUUUAAGAUGGGGGAAGAAGGAACGAGGACGUGAUGAUCGAAACUCGGAGACGUAUUUGCAGAGUCCGAGUACGGCGUGUAGUGAACGAGAUGGAAAACAUAGAGAUUGUGAUACGGCGUGA